GCGCAGGCGCAGUUUGUCGUGACUCAAUGCAGCGUUUCGACGACUGAGCUUUCGGCAGCGGGAGAGACGAAGUACUUUCUAGCCUUUUCUUCUAGUUCUUUACAUCUAACUGUACAGCGGGCAAUAAACCUGUCUUAAAGUACCCGACGUCACCUGUUCAAACUCAAGAUAUCAUUAUGCCUCGAGGCGGAAAGAGGGGCCACAAAGGCAGAGGGAAGCAGUUCAGCCACCCUGAGGAGAUUGAUCGACAGAUGAAAGCCCAGAAGGAGCUGGAAGAAAAUGCUUGUGCAGAAAAGGGGAGCUCUGCAGAGUCUGGGGAUGAGAGCAGCAGUGAUGAUGACAAUGAGUCCAGGAAGAGAAGUGGAGUUGAGGGGCUCAUAGAGAUUGAGAACCCAAACCGUGUGUCUCAGAAAAACAAGAAGGUGGCAGAAGUAGACGUUGAUGCUCCCAGAGAGCUGACCCGCAGGGAGAGAGAGGAGAUAGAGAAGCAGAAAUCAAAGGAACGUUACAUGAAGCUACAUCUGGAGGGGAAGACUGAGCAGGCCAGGGCUGACCUAGCAAGACUGGCCAUCAUCAAGAAACAGAGGGAGGAUGCUGCCAAGAAGAGAGACGAACUCAGGAAAGAAAAAGAUAACGAAGAUGCCAAAGCAAAGCGUUAGUCCAUCACUUUUAAGCUUCAACAUGCACUUCAGUCUCAGAGGGAAGGAGAGAGGAGAUCUGGAGGAGGAGAAGGGGUAGGGGACCAAUUCAAGUGGUGUCAGAUCAGGGAGGCUCCUGAACUCUCCCUCACUUCAAAUCAGAGGGGUGCAGUUUUUUCCACGACCAUGUUGUCAGGACAGGGGAAACACGGGUGGAGCAAAGCAAGAUGAAGAGGACUGCAACAUUUGGGAUGCCUCCUAGUUUUCCUUCACAGUUCUUAAGAGGAGACACUCGCAGGUUUUCCAAGUGCUUCACUCCCUCUUUACUCUUCCCUGCUGGCGACGGUGUUAAUUCUAAAGCUGCUGAAGUUCUUUCAUUCUUUUGAUUCAUAAAUCUCUACCUUUGUACAAUUUAACUAAAUGACUGGACGGAUAUUACAGUGAGCGUGCAUGAGGAUUUCUUGGUGCUUUACUUUUCCUUCCAUCUCACCCGCUUCCUAUGAAGCCAAAUCAGUGACAGAUGGAGAAAAGAACACUAUUCAGAGGAAAAACUGAUGUAUAGGAAUUAUACAAUGUAGUUUAGUAUUUGUGGAUAUAUUGCACAAAACUUAAGUAUAAUUUUUCUGAAGAUUUUCCCCCCAAAUAUCUAAAUAUGACUCAACAAUUUAGCUUUUUCACCAGCCUUGUUUGUCCCUGGUUUGAGCCCUUUUUAAAUUUACAGUUGGAAGAAUUCAGCGUCCCCCUACCACAGUCUGUAAAGAAAGUCCAGCAUUUUGCAUUUUUUUGCUUCACCACUGUUCUUUUCUGCAAGUGUACACUCUGCUCUCUUGGAUUAUGUUAUAGCUGACAGUUCAAAAGUGUUUCAAAAAGUGUUUUGUACUCCACUUCUCAAAGCCCUUAGUCGAUUACUUGAAUUGCCUAAAAUAAGCAUUUUUUAAGUUGUUGAACAUCAGUGCUGGAAAGCAGUAACUGUGGCCUUGCCCUGUUUCUGAUGGGAUCCUGUACGUUCUAAAGGAGGGAUUGUGUCUUCUGUUGCCUUUCCAAAGUUUACACAAGACCAGUUCACUGUCUUCUUCCUGUUAUUAAAGUGCUACACAAACCCGUCAGAGUUAAUUAGGUACACUUAGAAUGUAAUGCAGCCCUGUACCAGCAUCACUAUCAACGGUCUUCAUCUGUUUCAAGUCAAUGCAACAUUUUAGCAGUGAGAGGAUUUACAGCAGAGCUCUUGUAUAGUUUAAACUGCACAGGUGUACAGAAUAAACUUUAUAUCUCAGGAUGUGGAGGAUUUGGAAAGGCUUCGAUCAGGAACUGUAUUCCCUACUAGACAGGAGUAGCUUUAAGAACUAACUGUUGAAACCACAAGAUUAAGAAAUGUAGCUGCAGCUUAAAACACAGAGUUCUCAAGUUUCCCAUCAUGUAUUUGAAGUCAUUUUUAAAAAUAAAGUCAUUAAGAAAUAACUCA